UCCUCCGCGCGAGCCCGGCGAGCUUCGCCGCGGAUGCCCUGCCCGGAGCGCUCCGUGCCGCGCCAGGCUGGCCAGGGUCCGCGGCGAGACAUGCCCGAGCCGGGCGCUGCACCGACCUCGACUUCUCUGUAAGCGGCGGAAGGCACCAUGGUCAGCAAGGACAGCGGCAGAUGCACACUCACGCCGCCGCCCGAGAGCGAAGUGGAGCCGGCCGCCUGCCUGGCCCUGGAGAUGAAGUACGCGCUGGACCCCAACCGGCAGGUCAAGAAACGGAACAAGGCCUUGCAGGUGCGCUUCAAGGACAUCUGCGAGGCACAGAACGAGCAACGUGAUGUGCAGCCGCCGCCCUCGGGCCUGCCUGUGGAAAGGCGAGAGGCCAGGCCCGCGUCCUGCAGGGCUGCCUACCGCAAGUACCUGACGGUGCCCGCGCGCCGCUCCAUCCCCAACGUCACGAGGAGCACGGGUGUGCAGACCUCGCCCGACCUCCGCAAGUGCUACCAGACCUUCCCCCUGGACCGCAAGCGCGGGGCCCCCCGCGGCAUCCCGGCCACAGAGCCCGCGCCAGGCCAGAACGAUGGGCUGCUCCCCUCGGAGGCCCUUGGCAAGGGCGAGGCGGAGGUGGCCCGGCCGUGCGGCGCGGGGCGCAUUCACAAGACCACAGCCCUGGUCUUCCGCUCUAGCGAGCACAUGAACGAGCUGGACCGGCCUCCCGCGGUCAACUGCGCGGAGCCCUGCACCAGCCCCGACCCGCUCAGCUCUCCUGAAGCUCCACUCCAGAACUCCCCGGGGCCUCUGGCUGCAGCAGAACCUGUGCCGCCCGCCCCCAGCGCAGAGCUUAAAACGGAGGUCACCACUACGUAUGUGCCGGCCCCGGGCGCCAGGGUGGCCGAGCCGGGCUUGUGGGACUCUGCCGCCGCCAGCCAGUGGUCCCUGUGCCCAGCUGAAGAGGAGCAGAGGAGAGCCACGCAGCUCAACGGGCUCCAGGCGCCUGUGGACUCUGCGGCGGCCUGCUCACCCCCAGCGCAGUGCCUGUCCCCCAGGUGCCGCGAGCGGGUGCCGGACAGCCCGCCCAGUCCAAUGGCGGCGGCUGCGGGGCAGGAAUGCCAACAAAUCGUGCCUCACACGGAAGUGGUGGACCUCAAAGCACAGCUUCACGUGAUGGAGAACCUGAUCAGUUCCAGCCAGGAGACCAUCAAAGUGCUCUUGGGGGUCAUUCAGGAGCUGGAAAAAGGAGAGGCCCACCGGGAAGGGCUUUCCUAUCGGACGGGGCAGGACACAGCUAACUGUGACACGUGCAGAAACAGUGCCUGCAUUAUCUAUAGUGUGGAGCUCGACUUCAAGCAGCAAGAAGACAAACUGCAGCCAGUGCUGAGGAAACUCCAUCCCAUUGAGGAAACUCAGGUCGCACCUUCGCCUUACUCUCAGGAGACCUCCUCCUCCACUCCCAAGCAAAAAUCCAAAACCGAAUCCAAAAAGCACGGAAGAUGGAAACUCUGGUUCCUUUAGGACGCGUGGUGAGCGGAGUCCCACGGCCGACUCUGAACCCACUCGAGUGAAGUCAAUCCUUUUCCGAGACGGAUCGGACGGAGGACACCGGGGUGCCGACGCGGGCGCCCCCCGCUUCUCGCCCUGCGUACCAAAAAAGGCCUUUGUACCAAGAGAUCACCAACAGCAGCACGGUGUGCAGGGCCCCACCGUGCUGGCUGUUCGUCACAGCUCACUGCGGAGGGGAGCAAAACCGGAAACGGAACCUACACCGUCCAAGACGCUGUGUCACACUCCGCUUCCCCUCCUCCGAGACCUGCAAGAAUUAUGUCAUCAGCCUGGGCCAGGGCAGGGUGUCACUCUGUACACAGCUAAAACUCAUAGUUAUUUUCAAGCCUUUAUUUAUUUAUUUUUAAAUAAUGAGAAGAAAAUCGCAAGCCUUAUGUUUGCAAAGGACCUCAUUUUUACGUUUCAUUUUGCAAAUAAGCAGGGGGCGAGUGCAACUUUCAGCACAUCAAAUUUGGAGAAAGCACAAUUUUUUCAAAUGGUCGGAGACCAUGAAUAAUCUCUCAAAUGUGACUACGUGUAUAUUUGCCUUCAUGUGCUGUAGCGCUAAGCCAAGUGACCACAUCUCCGUGUCACGCCGACACCUCUGAUUCAGCACCCUCUUCACCUCCAGACCUCCGCCGUGUGCGUUCACCGCUCAUUUUCCAAACGGCCAGCAGCCAGGAGUCCCCCAAAGUCGGGAUAUGCCUUUUAUCACUGCAGGUUGACAGGGUCAGCGCUCUGGGACACUAAGCUUUCUCAGAUCUCAUUUUUAAUCUUGUGGUACCCGAAGGCCAACUGAUAAAUUCUGGCAGGAAUCUGGAGACACACACAAUGGAUAAAUCCCAGGCGUCCGGACCG